UCAAAAGCAGUCGUCAAAACAUAAAUGUGUUUCUUAACACCUGUUUUAAUUACUAUCGAACUCUUAAAUGUAUUUCUGCUUCAAGAAAGCUAUAUAAUAUUCGAAGCAAUAACAGACCCGUUUUAGCCAAUGAAAUUAACUUCAAACGCAGGAAAACAAUAAUAAAGAAUGAUGUUAAGGAUAAAACUAAAAUGAAUAAUAACCCAAUAAAUCGUAUAUACACAUAUCUAUUUGAAAAUAACUGGUUUAAAGUCAAACUACUUAAGGAUCGUAAAGAAGCAGUAGUUAAAAUUACAAAUACAUCUGAAUUAGAAGAACGUGUUAAAGAAGAUAAAUCUUACAAACCAAAAAAAGAAAAAAUAGCUACUCCAAGAUCAAAAUUAAUACGUUCUUUCCAUUUAAAUACGUGCGAAAAAAAAACCGAUAAACCAGAAAUCGUUUACAAAGGUGACAAUGAACUUAAAAUUACAAAAAAAUUUGGUGAUCCGGUUUCAGUAAAUGAUAAUAAUAAUGACGAAGAAGUAAAUGCAUCUGGGGUAACUGUAAGCACUAUUUCGCUUAGUUAUGAUACGAAAUCAUAUACAAACACAACGGUAGAUUAUCAAGAAUCACCAAAAUGUGUUCAAGCUGUGGCUAGAAAAAGAAAAGUCAGUGGUGAUUCCAAAGAUGGUUCGGAAUCCACGCAAAGACAAAUCGUGGCCGCAAGGAACGUCGAGUUAGUUGCAGGUUUGAGAUUCUUAAUUGUAAAUAAAAAAAAGACAACAAACAUCACCAUCGUCAUGGAUCAUGAAUCACCAUGGAUAUUGGAUGAUGAGUGA